AUAAAUGGGACAUACCAAGAGAAGAAUUUUUGAUGGACGACGAAUUAGGGGAAGGGAAUUUUGGAGAAGUUUACAAAGGUAAAAUGAAUGGAAAGGUCAUUGCUAUUAAAAUCUCACAAGGUGGCAAAAUGUCAACUAAGGAGUACUCAGCAGAAGCUGAAAUCAUGAAAAAGUGUCAACAUGAAAAUUUAGUUGAAUUACUGGGUAUCUGUACAGAUCAAAAACAGAUUUUCAUUAUUACUGAAUUCAUGUUAAAUGGAAGUUUACUCGAUUAUAUGAAAACCAAAGAAGGAAAAACCUGUUUAACUAUUUCAAAUCGUGCCGGCUGUUAUUCAUUAAUCAUUAAACAAGCAUAUAUUUAUCCGCAAAUAGCAAAUGGAAUGGCUUUCUUAAAGAGCAAAAAAAUUAUACACAGGGAUUUAGCAGCUAGGAACGUGCUGAUUGGAAAAUGUAAAAUCGCCAAAGUUGCAGAUUUUGGACUAGCACGAUCCACCAUCUGA